AUGUUGUCUGCGGUCACUUCCUUUGACGGUCCAGUCAUCCGCUACUGGCGCCGCCAGCAGCUUCUCCAUACUCGGGGCAAGUACUCCUGUAUACCGCGCGCGCAACAAGAGACACGGCCGGCGCCAACCAACAAGGUCACCAGCACCAGCACCAGCACCAGCACCAGCACCUUGAAGGUACGCACACACUUACGAGUUGCAAGGAAGGGAGCCCGUCAUCCUCCUCAUCUUCAACCCUCAACCCUCAACCCUCAACCAUCACCAUCACCGACGGCGAUCGGUCUUUGGUCUCUCUUCCGCGGUCGCUGGACUGUCGCGUUGGCUGCUGAACAAGGGCCUCGGCACUGCUGCGAUUCGGCAUUCGCGCAUGAACCCGACCAUCUCGUCGCCACUACAGCACAAGCACAGGCUUACACCGGCUUGACACGACUGCAUUUAUUUACAUACCCAUCGCCCACCAUGGCCGACCUGAUCGACCCGACGGCAAAGGGCAACUAUCCCAUCAUCCUCGGCGAUGGCUUGCUGGGCAAAACAUCCAACGAGAUCUUCACUGGCAUUCGCUAUAACCACAAGCCGUCCUUCCCCGCGUCCGACGCACGAUUAAAACCCUCUCUUCCCGGAAAGACGAGCUCCUACGACUUGAACUUUUCCAACUCGGACGGCACAGUCGGGUUUGCCGGAACGCGCUCGACCGACGACGACGACUAUGUCUUGUGGUUUGACCCCGAGCGCAAGGCGUUUAUCCUUGACAAGGUCGACUCGACGUUUAACAUGAAUCUCACGCGUAUCCCGGGAAAUAGCAACCCGGAGGAACUGCGGCGGCGAUAUCCUCACCUGGAGAACGGCCAAAAGGUGGGAGACAAGAAGAGCGCAGCAGGCAAGGACAGGCUCAAGUCGACGCCAAAGGCCGAUGAGAAGAGCAUCACCGUCCAGACCAAGGAGAUGCAGAAAAAGUUUGACAAGAAGCACCUUGACAAGAAGUCUUCCGACAAGGUGUUUCUCGAGAAGAAACCCCUGGUGGAGAAGAAACCCAUCGACAAGAAACCGCUGCUCGACAAGAAGGCCGCCGUCGACAAGAAACCCGCCGUCGACAAGAAGUCCGCCGUCGACAAGAAGCUGACGGAUAGAAAACCGACGGAUAGAAAGCCGACGGAUACAGACAAGCGUACGCCGGAGAAGAACCAGACGGAGAAGAAAUCAUCAGUAGACAAAAGACCGACUGAGAAGAAAUCGUCGUUGGAGAAGAAGAUGUUUGAGAAGAAACAGUUGGGAAAGCCGCUUCCCAAGAAGAUUGACCUUAAACUUCCCGUGCCGGAACCGCCCAAGCCAUCAGAGCCCAAGCCUCGAAAGAAGAAGGACGAGGAUGAGGACGAGGAAGACGAAGACGAUGAUGGUGAUCUUCUCAUCGAAUACCCGGGCGCAGAGGCCCCGGCUAGACAGACUCAUUUCUCGCCGGCCUUCCCUGCCCCUCGGCGCUUCGAUGACUUCAUGGACCAGCGUGAAUCCGAAGUGGAGGAGGAAGAAGAGGAAGAAGAAGAAGCAGCAGCAGAAGAAGAAGAGGAUGGUACGAUGGAUGAUGUUGAUUUUAAGCUUCCUAGCCCGGUGAAGCAUGCUAGCCAGAGCCAUUCAGAGCCCAUGGAAAUAGAUGAAGAGGAGGAAGAGGGAGAAGAGGAUGGGGAUGCAGAAGCAGGAGGGGCCAACGAUGCUGCCGAUUUGGAAUAUGACUUGGAACAAGAACUGGAGAAUGCGUUUGAAAAGUUGGAUAACAACGAUCAAGACAACGGCUACUAUUACAGCAACAACAAUGCCAACGACGAUGACGAAAGCGAAAUUAGUGAGGAAGAUUAG